CAGGUACACCUCUUCGGUGAAAUACGACUCGGAGAAGCACUUCAUUAAUAAUAUUUAUAUGCCCAUGGGGCUUGGGGUUUCCGCUUGUAGCCAGACGGUCUUCUGCGUCCCUCAAAGCACAUGGCGCAACUACAAAGCCGAGGUCCACUUCCAGCCACGCAACAAAGCCACGAGUUUCACCAGCACCACCAUCAUCUACCCCAAGCACACCACAACCAUCUACACCACCACACUGGAUUACAAUUGCAGGAAGCACAUGCGGAAGUUCUUGUCCAGCGUGGAGUUGGAGUCUUCUGGGAACGAGGACAGUCCCGAGAGUUGCUGAGGCCUGCUCUUUCGGCCAUGGUGUUUCUUCGAAGUUUUCCGCCGGAUGAAAAUGGAUGAAACUUCCUUUGAUCGUCGUCCGUAGCUACCUCUCCCUUAGCCUUAAGGAUCCCACAGGCCUGCACUUAAUUUUUGUGGAUUGGAAAGUAAACCUUUACUCAAGGAAAAUGUUCCUUCCAUCAUUAAAAAAAUGGAGCACGCUGUAACUUUUUUUUUUGUCCUGGUUUUUCCUUUUACAACAACAAGGGAAUUUUUCUUUCCAAAGACAAACGUGGGUUGCUUUCCUAGAAGAAAAGGAACCUGGGCACACUGCCUCUGAAUGAAAAUAAUGCCUCAAUUGACUCUUUGUGCUGCGGAAAGCAUGUCUUUGAGGAGCCUAACCCAGUUGCACUUCAAACCCCAAAGCCAUAAUUUAUUUUCACUCAUCACAGAAAGCUCACUUAUUAUUCCAAAGCCUGUGGCCGGCCACUUGGGGCCGAUCUUUUUCGCUUGAUCAAAAGUCGCUUUGAUGCCAGCUUUGUCCUUUUAUAGAAACCUUUGAAGAAAUCAGUCUUGAUCUGAAGUGUCAUUGAAAGGAAUUUUACAAUAAACCACAAAGAAUACUUAGGUUA